GCUCAAGACUGAAGUGAGUCGGGCUGAAAGACUCUUGGAACAACUGGAGCAGGAGGUUGCUGAGCUGAGGAGGAGAGAUGUUGAGUUGAAGCAGCUCUCACACACAGAGGAUGACAUCCAUUUCCUCCAGAGUUUCCAGUCUCUAUGUGUCCCUCCUGGAUCUGAGGUCUUACCCAGUAUCACUGUCUAUCCACACAUCUCCUUCGAGCAUGUCAAGAAAUCAGUCUCUGAACUGAAAGAUCAUCUUCAAGAUAUAUGCAAGAAGGAAAUGGACAUGUUAUCUGAGAAAGAGACUACAGUUCAGAUUGGACCACCUGCUGAUCCCAAGACCAGAAAGGAUUUCUUACCAUAUUCCUGCCGGCUGACAUUGGAUCCCAAUACAACAUAUCAGCUCCUGUGUCUGUCUAAGGGGGACAGAAAGGUGACAUGUAGUGAUGAGGUCCAGUCCUAUCCUGACCAUCCUGACAGAUUUACCUCCUAUAACCAGGUGUUGUGUAGAGAGGGUCUGUCUGGAGUCUGUUACUGGGAGGUAGAGUGGAGUGGGGAGUGGGUUCGUGUAGCCGUCUCAUAUAAAGAGAUCAGCAGGAAAGGAGAUGGUAAUAAGUGUUGGUUUGGUGGUAAUAAUCAGUCCUGGAUGUUAUCCUGCUCUACAUCCAGAUGUUGUUUCUACCACAAUAAUUCUGGGACUGAUAUCCCUGUCCCCUGCUCCUCCAGAGUAGGAGUGUAUCUGGACCACAGGGCAGGAACUCUGUCCUUCUACAGUAUCUCUGACACAAUGACCCUCCUCCACAGAGUCCAGACCACAUUCACUCAGCCACUCUAUCCUGGGUUCUAUGUUUAUAAAGGAAAGACUGUAAAGAUACUGACACCUAUUCAGUGAUCCAUCUAUCACUUUGCUGGUAUCAAUAUAUUGUUAGCUUUACUAGGAGGUUUAUCGAUACAUAAUUCAUUAACUUUGGCUAAAGAAUGAACUGCAAUUACAUCAUAGCGCCCAGUAUUAUAUAGUUGCUAAUUUGCAUAUACAGAGGUGUCAAACAAACCAAGGGGGACAGGUUUGUUACUGAACAUAAACUUCAAUAGUGGUGGGAGUUGAUUGACAGGUGAAAUGGACCAAUAUUUUUUUAGUUUAGUUUAGUUGACCUCUAGUACUCUGCUUAAUGAUUUUAAUGGAGGAGUUUUUCUUAUUAAGCAAAAGGUAGUGUGAUUACCUGAUUGUGUCCUACACGUUGAUAUAUGGAAUGUGUGUAUUUGGAUCAUUAUGAAGUGUUAUUUUUUUAUUAAAGAAAAUUAAU